AUGAAUAAUGUGAAAGGCAGUGAAGAUGCAAGCCCACUAAACAGCACUGCCACAAAGUUAAUCAAGCACCUGCAGCAGGAAUAUCAUUUCUGUUCAGUGGUCACAGGAGCAGGAGAUGGAAUUGGAAAAGCAUAUUCCCUUGAGCUUGCAAAACGUGGAUUAAAUAUUGUUAUGAUAAGCAGAACACUUGAAAAACUGCAGAAAGUAGCCACUGAAAUUGAACAGGCCACAGGUAGAAAUGUGAAGAUCAUACAAGCUGACUUUACAAAAGAUUACAUAUAUGAGAAUAUUGAAGAAAGUCUUCAAGGCUUAGAAAUUGGCAUUUUGGUUAACAAUGUUGGAAUGCUUCAUAAUUCUCUUCCAUGCCGUUUCCUAAAUGGAGCAGACACAGAUGAGAACCUCAUCAACUGCAACAUUGUCUCUGUUACCAAGAUGACACAGAUAAUUUUGAAACAAAUGGAGCCAAGACGAAAAGGACUUAUUCUGAACCUUUCUUCUGGUUUGGGCACCUUUCCUUGUCCAUUAUAUACUAUAUAUUCAGCUUCUAAAGCUUUUGUAUGCACAUUCUCCAGAGCACUUCAAGCAGAAUAUAAGGCAAAGGGAAUUAUCAUACAGGUGGUGGCUCCUUUUGCUGUUUCUACUCCAAUGACAAUGUACCAAAAACCCAAUCUCAUAACAAAGACUGCGGAGGAGUUUGUUAGAGAAUCACUGAUGUAUGUAACUGUUGGAGAGGAGACAUUUGGUUGUUUAGCCCAUGAGAUCUUGGCAUGCAUCGUGCAGCUCAUUCCAUUGUGGGUAUUCCACAGUGACAGACUUCAAGAGGUGUUCCUGAACACAUUUUCGACUUACCUGAAAAGGAACUGGAAGAGGCCCUAACAAAAUCAACUUUUUAGACCAUGUGAAAUUGUGAAUCCUAGCUUCAUACACUAUAAUUCUGGGGUCUAAAUUCAGCUCUGGAUGAAUUUGGCCCAGCAUGCUUACUGAAGAAGUUUGCUAAGGGCCUGAUCCAAAGGCCAUUGAAGUCAAUGUUUUUCCACUGACUUCAAUGGGCUUUGGAUCAGUUACAGAGGGAUGGGAUGCUACAGCUGCUUUUGCUUCUUUAAACUGAGCUUGCAAAUGGUGGGUAGCUACAGCUGUUUAAUGUUUACAAAUAAGACAAUUUGCAUUAAUUCCAAACAUAGGUUUGUUUGCUUUGAUGCUUUUAGGAAGAUUCACCUGUUCUGUGAAGGGGCUUUGGAUUUUUGUGGUAGGACACAGAGAUUUUUCUAGAGGAGGAGGAGAUAGUGGGAAGAGGUUUUAGACGUUGGAGGGAAUCUGUGCAUAGGGGCUUUGGAAGUUUGCUGGAACAGAGUUUAUUAGUGGAAAGGGCUUUGGAGUCCUCCAAAGCAUCUUAUAUGAAUCACUGUCAGACAGGAUACUGGACAAAGUGGACCUCCAGUAUGGUAACUUCUAUUCCUGUGUUUGUAGGAAGAUGAAAGCUGAAGGUGAAGACUUUGAAUCUAGAUAGUUAUUUGGAAAACAUUACACAUUCAGAACUUCUCUUUAUUUUGUGCAGAAUUAGGAAGUGAGAAUCUUUGCACUUUGCAACGUUGUUUUGUUUGUGCGUUCCAAAAAGCUAUUCAAUAAAGAAACA